UUAAUGGCAGGCCUGGACUGGUCUUGUAUGUGUGAGUAACUUGGCAUUUUUGUACGUUGAAAACGUGUUUUUUAUGAGAUAUAUAAAACUCCGCCCAUCGAACAUUCAGUUCAGCCAGUAAGUGAGGAAAUGCGGUCCAAAAGAGAAACUGAAACUUAACGGUCCUUUCAAUAACGGAGGAGAAAGAAUCCCCAGGAAAAAAGGAAUUAAAUUAAAUGUAAAACGGAGUAAACAGUCUGUUGUGGAGUGGAACUGAGGGUUUGGGUAGAGAGGACAGGGUCACGUGUACCCAGCUGUCUGUCUAUGAAGAGUGAUCAUUCAAUGGAUCCUCCAAUCAACUUCAGAGGACAGUUCACAGGUGAUCAAAGGGUUCGGGAAGAGAGGACAGGGUCACCUGUACCCAGCUGUCUGUCUAUGAAGAGUGAUCAUUCAAUGGAUCCUCCAAUCAACUUCAGAGGACAGUUCACAGAUGAUCAAAGGAUCCACUGCUCACAGGUGUCCAACCAUAUUGUAGAGAGGAGUUCAGAGAAACUGUUCUCAAAACAGCUGACCAGCAGCCCUGUGAAGCAGAAGGAUCUCACUGACUCACUGGAGAGAGAUGAGCAGCACAAUAAAUCCAUAGAAAGAGCCCAGCAGGCACUGAAAACUGCUCUGAAGAAGAAGUUUGAACACACAUUUGAAGGUUUAGCAAAGCAGGCCAACCCAACCCUCCUCAAUGAGAUCUAUACAGAGCUCUACAUCACAGAGGGGGGAAGUGGGGGGGUCAAUGAUGAACACGAGGUCAGACAGAUUGAGAUAGCAUCCAAGAGACAAACCACACAGGAGACUGCAAUCCUCUGCAAUGACAUCUUUAAGCCUUUACCUGGACAAGAGAAACCCAUCAGAACUGUGCUUACAAAGGGCAUCGCUGGCAUUGGGAAAACCGUCUCUGUGCAGAAGUUCAUUCUGGACUGGGCAAAUGGAAAAGCCAAUCAGGACAUUGAUUUCAUCUUCACUCUUCCUUUCCGAGAUCUGAAUCUGAAAAAGGAGAGAGAAUUUAGUCUCAUGAAACUGCUGCAGCAAUACUUUCCGCAACUGAAAGAGAUCAAAAGUUUUGAAGAUGAAGUCAAAAUUGUGUUCAUCUUUGAUGGUCUGGAUGAGUGUCGACUUCCUCUAGAUUUCCAAAGCAAUAAGAUCUGCCGUGAUAUAACAGAGUCAUCAUCAGUGGAUGUGCUGCUGACCAACCUCAUUCUGGGGAAUCUGCUUCCCUCUGCUCUCCUCUGGAUCACCUCCCGACCAGCAGCAGCCAAUCAGGUCCCUCCUGAGUGCGUCCACCAGGUGACAGAGGUACAAGGGUUCAAGGAUCCACAGAAGGAGGAAUACUUUAGGAAGAGAAUCAGAGAUGAGAUAAAGGCCAGCAGAAUUAUCUCACACGUAAAGUCAUCCAGGAGUCUGCACAUCAUGUGUCACAUACCAGUCUUCUGCUGGAUUUCUGCCACUGUGCUGGAGACAAUGUUGGGUAAAGUAGGCAAUAGAAAAAUGCCUAAAACUCUGACUGAAAUGUACACACACUUCCUGCUCAUUCAGACUAAUGUGAAGAAUGAGAAGUAUCCUGGCACCAAUGAGACAACCUCAAAGAAAAUGUCAGCAUCAAAUACAGAAAUCAUCCUGAAACUGGGGCAGCUGGCUUUACUACAGCUGGAAAGGGGCAAUCUGAUAUUCUAUGAAGAGGACCUGAGAGAGAGUGGCAUUGAUGUCAGUGAAGCUUCAGUGUACUCUGGGGUGUGCACAGAGAUCUUUAAAGAGGAGUGUGGGUUGGGUGAGGAGAAGGUCUACUGCUUUGUGCAUCUGAGCAUUCAGGAGUAUCUGGCUGCCUUGUUUGUGUUUCAUUCAUGUGUGAAUGAGAACAGAAAUGUACUCAGAGCAGAACAAUCAAAACCUUGCAGUGACGGAGUGCAGCUGUCUGAGUUACACAGGACUGCAGUGGAUCAGGCCUUAGAGAGUAAGAAUGGACACCUGGACCUUUUCCUCAGAUUCCUUCUAGGCCUCUCUCUGGACUCCAUUCAGACUCUAUUAGGAGGAAUACUGACAAAGACAGGAAGCAGAUCACCUAAAACAGUCCAGUACAUUAAGAAGAAGAUCAAAGAAGAAUCUUCAGCAGAAAGGACCAUCAAUCUGUUCCACUGUCUCAAUGAACUGAAUAAAAACGCUCCAGUGGAAGAAAUAAAGAAGUUCCAGAGAUCAGGAAAACUCUCUAAUGAAAAGCUGGAACCACACCAAUGUUCAGCCCUGGCCUUUAUGUUACUGAUGUCAGAGGAGAUCCUAGAUGAGUUUGACUUGAAGACCUACAACACAUCAGCAGCAGGUUAUGAGAGACUGCUACCAGUAGUCGGGAACUGCAGGAAGGCCAUACUGAACUACUGUGACCUCACAGAGAAGUCCUGUGAAAUUGUGGCCUCAGCUCUUCAGUCAUCAAACUCACCCCUGAGAGAUCUGGACCUCAGCAACAAUAACCUGGGAGAUACAGGAGUGAAGCUGCUCUGUGCUGGGCUGAUGAGUCCAAACUGUAAACUACAGACACUGGGGCUGGGUUGGUGUAAUAUCACAGAUGGCUGCUGUGAUGUUCUGGCCUCAGUCCUGCGCUCUCCUCACUCAGAGCUGAGAGAUCUGGAGCUCAGAGACAAUGACUUGCAGGAUUCAGGAGUGAGAGCGCUCUCUGCUGGACUGGAGGACCCACACUGUAAAGUGCAGAGACUGGGGCUGUCAGGCUGUAGAGUCACACAGAGAGGCUGUGAUUCUCUGGCUUCAGCUCUGUGUUCAAACCCCUCACACCUGAGAGAGCUGGACCUGAGAUACAAUCACCCAGGAGACUCAGGAGUGAGAGCGCUAGCGCUCUCUGCUAGACUGGAGGACCCACACUGUAAACUGCAGAGACUGGGUGUGGACCAUGGAGGAGAGAACAGGACCAAACCAGGACCCAGGAAAUACGGCUGUCAGUUCACACUGGAUCCAAACACAGCGCACAGACAGCUGUCUCUGUCUGAGGGGAACAGGAGGGUGACACACACACUGGGGAGAGAGGAGCAGCCAUAUCCUGAUCAUCCAGAGAGAUUUGACUACUGGUGCCAGGUUGUGUGCAGAGAGAGUGUGUGUGAGCGCUGUUACUGGGAGGCUGAGUUCAGUGUGUCUGAGAGGGGGGGAGGGGUUUAUAUAGCAGUGAUAGAUAAAGGAAUCAGCAGGAAAGGACAGGAUUAUGACUGUAUGUUUGGAGAGAAUAAAAACUCCUGGUGUCUGGGCUGCUUUAAGUUCGGUCCCUCUGGUAAACUCAGAUACUCUGUCUGGCACAAUGAGAACCGAACAGACAUACCUGCCCCCCCCUCCCCCUACCGCAGAGCAGGAGUGUGUGAUGAUGAUGAUGAUGAUGGUAGAGGAGUGUGUGUGUACAGGGUAGGAGUGUGUGUAGACCGUCCGGCCGGCACUCUGUCCUUCUACAGCGUGGUGCUCCUUAUGGAACUCACUCUCCCAUGGGGGGAGGGGGCAGAAGCAGCCUAUGAGCGGAAACGCCUGAAGUACUCCGACCUGGCAGCGGAGUGUGAGAGUAUGCAGCAGCUGACCACCCGCCUCCCGGCUCCCGCUCCCGAAGCCCCGAGGGCUCCUCCCGACCCGGUCCAGCUCUACACCCACGCAGCCCUCCUGCCCAGGGAGCCGCACAUUCCUGCUCCGGAGCGCUACGCUGGAGACUUGGGGAAGUGCAAGACGUUUCUAAUGCAGCGUUCGCUCGACCUUCAACCAGAUGGAACGACACUGCGCUCCAGGGGGUCUUCAGAGACGGGUUUGUCCGAGGCUUUGAAGGAUGAACUGGCUGCAGGAGACGAUCCCGACAACCUCGGCGCCCUGAUCGCGCUGCUGGCCAUCAAGCUGGACAACCGCCUCCCGAAGAGCCAGUGCAGCUCGGAAGAGCCCACCUCACGCAAACGGAGCGUAUGCGGCGAAUCAGGACGGGACUUCGCAUCUACUGUGGCACAGCCGGUCACGUAUUAUCCUCCUGUCCUAUUCGGAGUGCACUCGGGACAGCCCUGA